AUUUAAAUCGAAUAUAAUGAAAUUCAUAUUUUUGUUAUAUUGAUCGAAUUAAUUUUAAUAAAAAAAACUGGUACCCAUUCACAUUAACUGGUAGCAAAAAUUAAAGAGAUGGAGAACGAUAGUAAUUCAGAAACGGAGACUCAGGCAGUCCGCCUUCAGCAGAUGAAGAGAGAUAUGGAGAGUUGGAGGGAAGUUUUGUUGCCACUUAACGGUCUGCUUCACUGGGAAAAACCAUUCUACCCAGCCAUCAUAGUGGGCAUUAACACCUUUAUAUUUGCAUUGAUAUGGUAUUUUGAGCCCUCUGUCCUGACGACCUUUGCUCUGCUAGGAUUAGCUAUAAGCCUGAUCGAUUUUCUUGUACCUAUAAUUGGACCAAAUGUUGUCACUGCUAAAUGGACUGGUAAACAAGAGGCCCAGUACACUGACAUCUGCUGUAGAAUCCUGAAUGCUAAGACUCAUUUCCAUAAUGCCAGGACCACCAUGAGCUCACUCAAAUCUGAAAAACCAAAGAUUUACUUUCUGAUCGUCAUGGGGACCCUGGUAGCUUUGGCUUGGCUAGGCAGUCGGAUGGACAACCUGUGUAUGACUUAUUUCCUGGUGAACUUGGUUUUGCUGAUCCCAGGAAUAAGACAGCAUGCUGUUCUCCAGAAAUACCUGGCUAGACUGCUGAAUGUCAUCAAGUCCUUUGUUGGAAAGGGGCCCAAGAAAAUGAAAGCCAGUUAGAUACCAGCUUCCAAUUGACAGCAAUAAUAGCAUCAACUUUUUCCUUCUUAAUAUAACCUGUCAGUGUUCUUUAAUCUAAAAUUGUGCCAUUAGAAUUGCAGGCUGUGUUCUUGCUUCUUAAGGUUCAUAGUUCCUCUGUACUAGUAUUUAAUAUUUUGCUUUGUUACUAUUGAUUUCCCAAAAAAUCUAUAGAUAAAAUGUACACAAUUUCAACAUCUAUUUUCUUAGAAUCACCUUUUCACUACCAGUAUACAAUUUUUAAAAGGAAUAAUAGUUAUUUAUUUUUUAAAGAGUUAUUUCUCUUAUCAGAGGGUCAGUGAACCUUAAAUCUUGAGUAAAGUACAGUGUACCAUAUAUACAUAUACAUGUAUUAUUUUUCAAUGCCAACAAUAUCUUAUUGUUCUUAUUUAAAAAUCUUGCAUUUGCUUUAUUUUGUAUACAUGUAUUUAUAAAAAUUCUGUUCACAGAGCCCAAGAUAUGUUAUUGCAUCUGCUGAUGUUUAUCUGACAUGAAAUCCAGUCAUUUUACAGUAUUUCAAUACUCAUAAUGAAUAAUCAAAGUGUCAAAUAUUUUUAUUCUUUAAUCUAAAGGCACAAACUAAUUAUACCUUUCAGAGAGUUUGAAGUCUGAAUAAACGUACAAAAAAAAAUUUGAUCAAUUUGGAGAAAUAUUUUAUUAUCCAAACGCAUUAUAAAUUGAAUCUUGCCAACAUAUAAUGAACAUCAUGUAUAUAGAAACCCCUGAAUCAUGAUAUACAAUCAAUUUAUUCUUUAGUGUUAUUUAUUAUUUUAUGUUGUUAAUGGCGGUAUUAGAUGCCGUGUCUGUUAUUAUUGGGUUUUUUUGUUAGUCUCUUUAGUCAUAAUAGUUUUGUACUCACCAUGGGACCUGUAUCAUUUUGUUUUUGUUUGUUCAGUCUUGUAAAAGUUACCUUAAAUAUUUGUAUAAUCAGACAAAUACCAUUUGCUUGAUUUGUACUGGAGAGAUUGCACCAGUUAGACUAUGUUGAUGUUUGUAUGCCAUUUUCUCUAUGUUCUAGUUGAAACAUUUUUGUUUACAUUGAAUGAUUUUCAAUUAGCUUUUUUUGGAUCUGUCUUAAGAGACUCUUAAUUAAGAACAGUACUUUUUUUAUUAUGACAGCUGGAAAAAAUUCUUUUUACAAGUUUCAGGCAAUGUGUCACAGGUUUCAAAAAUUGAACUCUGUAUCAAAAAUUUAUGUGAAACAAGAAAUUAAGAAUUUGUUGUUUAAAAUUGUGUUUGUGUCUUUCCAAAUUUUAUGAUUUCAAUUGUUUGUCUUUUUUUUUUCAAGGAAUUAAUAUGAAAGAUGCUUGUAAAGCAUUGAAAAUGCUGUUAACGUAAUUGUCGGCGAUUGAGAUUUAAAUGCAUUUCAUGUACUGCAAGGAAAGUAAAGUGCUACCGUAUAAUUUGUCAAAUAUGCAAUUUUUUUUUGACUUAAUUAUGCAUUAUGCUUUGUAAAAUGUAUUUGUACUAAUAAGUGUAAAUAUAUAUGAUUCUUCAGGGAUUCAGUAGAUAUAAUCAAUAGUAGUUGUUGUUACAGUAAUUUACGGUAUAGCAGUGUAAUACAUCUGUUGCAAUUUGUAACCUACCGUGUGCCUUUGUAUGUUUUUUUCUUUUUUAAAAGAGCCAUGAUCACCAGUUAAAAGAGGUGCUGACAGAAAACCAGCUAAAUGUUUUAUGGAAGAAUAGAACAAUUAAUAUAUCACAUAAAUGUGAUGGAUUAUGGAAUUUUCAAGAAAUAGUGAAAUACUGAAAAGAAAUGUAUGCAAAAACAAACCUGUAUGUACAGUAUUAUAUCUGCUAUUAUUUUGAAUGAAUUCAUUUUGAUAAUGGGCUUUAAAAAAUAUGCACCAUUAAAGUUAAAAGGAUACAUUGCUUGCAUAUACUGCACGUGUGUCUAUUUGUUGCUGUAAUUGUUUACUAAUUUUCUCAUACAAGAUUUGUAUUCAUGAAAUAAAUGAAACUGAUGACUUAUUUAUAUAAUGCUGAAUAUUAAAUAAGUUUAAGGCUUUUUGUGCUUAAUAGACAAAAUUUCCCUGAUCUAAAAAUUUGACAGCAUAAUGAUUUUCUUCCUCACAUCUGCACAACUAGUCAAAAGAUAAAAGCCUGAGGAACAAAAUACAUGUAUCAAACUUUUAACACAGAGAUAUCCUGACCUCGUGUGUCUGGCCUUUGCACAAUUUGUAUAUUUGUAAAGAUGUGCAUUACUAUGAAUGUGUUCAGUGUUGUAUGAAUAAUAUUGGUCUUAUCUAAUAUGUAGCUGCUUUUAUAUGAGCUUUUGUACAUGCUAUCUGUUCCAUUAAUCAUGUAAAGUUUGCAGAUUUUACAGUGUAUUGUCAAUAAAUGUUCCUCCAGUAA